AUGGGCAAAGAUGUCUUGGCGACGAGGAAGCGCAAGACCGAGUACAACGGCCGCCGCCAGUCCGAGCGGAAGAACAUGAAGGCCACCGAGCAGGCCAUCGACACCGACAUGCCGGUUGGGGGUGAGGCGAUGGAGAGGGUUGAGAAGAAGUUGAGGAAGACACGGCUUCCUGACAAGGUCGAGUCUGACUCUGAGGAGGAGAUGUUGGCUCCUGGAGAGCGCAUGGAGUAG